UCUUGAUAUCUGGAAGAUUUUAGUUUUUACGCUUACACUUGCACUACAGCUAAAUUAAAUAUGUCACUUUAUUUUUUUUGAACCACCUCGUUUCGAAUUUCGAAGUUCAAAAAUUUGUAUUAAAAACGGAGGACUUGUUAGCUCCAUAAGGUCUCUAUAAUCGUUAUAUUUCCUUCUCUUUCUGUUUUGUGACAGUUGCCAUCUCUGUCGGUUUGCUUUUGACUUUAUUGUCGUUUUCUAUUUAGUUAAGUACAAAUCCCUUUUCCAGCAAUUUCCGAACAUUUUCAAAAUUUAAGUGUGCGGCAACUGUCCAUUUGGCUAAAGGCUCAUUUUGGUGUUCAGGUGUUUGGAAAUCGUGAUAAGGUCUAGGGACAAUGAUGAAGCCCUGUUACGCCCGCGUGGUGAUGAAAUGCAGUGGAGCCCGCUCCAUUCUUGAGAGAAAUAUCCCGUGCAGGAUAAUGGGGCGCCACAAAUGUAGCUGUUUGACCCUGGAGAACACGUUCAAGUGCUACGACCUGGAGAAUGGGCCCACGAUGGACGUGGAGCUGUCCAAGGAUGACGCCCUAUCCAUGUACACGCAGAUGCUGGAGUGCCGCCGCUUCGAGACGGUGGCGGGCAAUUACUACAAGGAGCGGAAAAUCCGUGGCUUCUGCCAUUUAUACAAUGGUCAGGAGGCUGUGGCUGUUGGCAUGAAGCAGCGUUUGAGAUCCUGCGACUCCGUCAUAACGGCAUACCGGUGUCAUGCGUGGACCUAUUUAAUGGGUGUUUCCCUUCACGAAAUUAUGGCGGAAUUGUUUGGCGUCAAGACUGGGUGCAGCCGGGGCAAAGGUGGCUCCAUGCACAUGUACGGCGAUAGGUUCUAUGGCGGGAACGGUAUCGUAGGUGCCCAAGUGCCGCUCGGUGCGGGAAUCGCCCUCGCCCAUAGCUAUCGUAAGGACAAUGGCGUGGCGGUGGUCCUCUAUGGCGAUGGUGCCGCCAAUCAGGGCCAGGUCUUUGAGUCCUACAACAUGGCCAAGCUGUGGUGCUUGCCCUGCAUUUUCGUCUGCGAGAACAAUCACUACGGCAUGGGCACCCACGUGAGACGCGCCUCUGCAAUGUCGGAGUUCUAUAUGCGUGGCCAAUACAUCCCUGGACUUUGGGUGGAUGGCAAUCAGGUGCUGGCCGUGCGCAGCGCCACCCAGUUUGCCGUGGAGCAUGCCCUCAAUCACGGACCGAUUGUGCUCGAGAUGAGCACCUAUCGCUAUGUGGGACACUCCAUGUCCGAUCCGGGCACAUCCUAUCGCUCGAGGGAGGAAGUGCAAAAGGCGAGGGAAAAACGUGAUCCGAUCACAAGCUUUCGCAGCCAGAUAAUCGCUUUGUGUCUCGCCGACGAAGAGGAGCUGAAGGCCCUGGAGGAUAAGACCAAGAAACAGGUCGAUAGCAUUUGCAAGAAGGCCUCCACCGACAAGGAGGUGGAACUUCAUGAGCUGCACACAGAUAUCUAUGCCAAGAAUGUGGAUGGUAAGAUCCGCGGCGUCUCCGGAUUCCAUUUGGAGCACAUCAAGCUGGCGGAAGUGUGCUUUGGCAAGCCAAAGAAGACGCCGGCCUGCGAGAUCAACGAUGUGCCAGUGGGCGCAGCGAUUGACGUGGCCAAGGCCAAGGAAAGGAAGGCCAAGCAGGAUGCCAAGAAGGCCAAGGACGCCAAAGGCGACAAGAAGGGCGCAAACUCCAAGCCGCCCAAGGGUGAAGAUGGCGAUAAGGAGGCAAAACCACCAGUAGAGCCAAAACCAGCAGCUAAAACACCACCCACUAAGGCGCCACCUGCCCCCAAGAAGUAAUGUGCACCACCACCCCCACCACCCUCCCCGAAAUGGGGCACCAUCGUAGCUUUUCACCAAGUUGAAAGUUUCGCAACAGUGCUUUAGCUGAUUUCUGAACCCAAAAGACGCAAGCGAAUUUUUGUAAAGUACGAGUAUGAAUCUGUUUCAAUUGGCAACAGCAACCAAAAUAUAUAUUUUAUAUUGCA